AUGUCAGACACUUGUCCAAAAAAAAUGGCAGACGAACACGCAUCAACAAAAUUUAUAAAGCCCGGAAGUCAUAAAGGCAAAGGGCUGGCAGUAUUCACUAGUGGAGGUGACUCACAAGGUAUGAAUGCGGCUGUGCGUGCCGUUGUACGUAUGGGUAUUUAUUUAGGCUGCAAAGUAUUCUUCAUAAAGGAAGGAUAUCAAGGUAUGGUAGAUGGAGGAGAUAAUAUUGUCGAAGCAACUUGGUCUUCUGUAUCUUGCAUCAUCCAUCGAGGUGGUACCGUAAUAGGUUCAGCAAGAUGCAUGGACUUUAAAGAACGUCCUGGACGUUUGAAAGCUGCUAAAAAUUUAGUCACUCGUGGUAUUACAGACUUAGUCGUAAUUGGUGGUGAUGGUUCAUUAACUGGCGCUAAUUUAUUUAAAACUGAGUAUCGUGAUCUGUUGAAGGAAUUAGAGAGCACAGGUCAAAUAAGUGCUGAACAAGUUGAAAAAUAUUGUCAUCUUCAUAUCGUGGGUAUGGUAGGUUCUAUAGACAAUGAUUUCUGUGGAACAGACAUGACAAUUGGUACAGACUCAGCGUUACAUCGUAUAAUAGAGAGCAUUGAUGCAAUCGUCAGUACUGCGUACUCGCAUCAACGAACAUUUAUUAUGGAGGUCAUGGGUCGUCAUUGUGGCUACCUGGCUCUAGUGGCAGCUAUGUGUUCCGAAGCCGACUUUGUAUUCAUCCCAGAGUGGCCACCAGAGCGUGACUGGCCAAACAAGCUCUGCAAAAAAUUAUUGCAGGAACGUCUUACGGGUCAACGUUUGAAUAUUAUAAUCGUAGCGGAAGGAGCAGUUGACAGAAAUGGAGAUCCAAUUACUGCUGAAAAAGUUCGUGAAGUUGUCGUCAAUAAAUUGCAACAAGACACCCGGAUAACUGUACUCGGUCACGUGCAACGUGGUGGUAAUCCUUCAGCUUUUGACAGAAUUUUGGGUUGUAGAAUGGGUGCAGAAGCUGUGAUGGCUUUGAUGGAAGCAACACCUGAAACCGAAGCCUGUGUUGUUACUCUUGAUGGAAAUCAAGCGGUCCGUUUACCUUUGAUGGAUUGUGUUAAUCGUACUAAAGCCGUAGCUCAGGCUAUGGCUGAUAAAAAUUGGGAUCUUGCUGUUCAAUUACGUGGAAAAGGUUUUGCCCGUAACUUGGAAACUUACAAAAUGCUUACAAGAUUGAAAGCUCCAAUCGGUUCUCAAGACACCAAGCAAUUAACACUAUGUGGUCAAGAUCAAUAUACACUUGCGGUAUUGCACGUUGGUUCUCCAUCGUGUGGAAUGAACGCAGCCGUAAGAUCAUUUGUAAGAAAUUGUAUCUACAGAGGAGACAAAGUCUAUGGUGUUUGUGACGGUGUCGCGGGUUUAGAAGCUGGCAAAGUUAAGUUAAUGGAUUGGUCAUCUGUAACAGGAUGGGUCGCUCAGGGUGGAGCGUAUCUUGGUACAAAACGUGCGCCUCCCAAAGAAGAUCAGUUGCCACAAAUAGCUGCACGGCUGAAGGAACUUGGUAUUCAAGCUUUGCUCAUUAUCGGUGGGUUCGAAGGUUACCAGACGUGUCUUUCGUUCAUAGACGCACGUAAACAAUUCCCUGAAUUUAAAAUACCUAUUGCAAUGAUACCUGCGACCAUCAGUAACAAUGUUCCCGGAACUGAAUUUUCCCUUGGUUGUGACACGGCAUUGAAUGAAAUUACAGAGAUUUGCGACCGUAUUCGUCAAUCAGCACAAGGAACAAAACGCCGUGUAUUUAUUAUCGAAACUAUGGGCGGCUAUUGUGGUUAUUUGGCGACUCUUGCUGGUCUUGCAGGUGGUGCAGAUGCAGCUUAUAUCUUUGAAGAAAAAUUCAAUAUUAAAGAUUUGAAUCGAGAUGUUGUCGCUAUGGCUGCUAAAAUGUCUGAAGGUGUUCAGCGAGGUCUUAUUCUAAGAAAUGAAAGUAGUAAUCUUAAUUAUAACACCGAUUUCAUGCAAAGAUUGUUCAGUGAAGAAGGAAAAGGCCUGUUCAGUUGUCGCUCUAACAUCAUCGGUCAUAUGCAACAAGGUGGGUCACCUACACCAUUUGACCGUAACUUAGGUACUAAAAUGGGAGCGAAAGCUGUUGAAUGGUUUACUGAUCAACUUAAAAAACACACAUCACCUGACGGUGUUGUAAACGCUUCUACUCCAGAUACUGCUGUUAUGUUAGGUAUCAUCAAACGUCAAUACAAAUAUACUCCAUUGUCAGAUCUUGAAGAACAAACUGAUUUCGAACAUCGUAUUCCUAAACAGCAAUGGUGGAUAAAACUUCGUCCCUUGUUGAAAGUACUCGCUAAACACGAGUCGACUUAUGAAGAAGAAGGAUUAUAUAUAUCCGUAGAAGAAAUGGAUCAAGGAGAGCCUAUGAUAACAUCACCAUGGGCUUACAUAUUUAUUGCACUCCAACACAAUAUUUCAACAACCGCAGAAGUAGAUGCUCCUUGGCAGCCAGUUAAAUUUACAACUGGCUGGAAAGAUGCUUGUGCUGUCUUCUUUUAUUUCCUUAUUACAAUUGUUAUGCAUGCUGUUGUUCAAGAAUAUAUUUUAGAUAAAAUUUCAAAGAAAUUACAUCUUAGUAAAAUAAAAUUAUCUAAGUUCAACGAAUCAAGUCAAUUAUUGGUAUUCUAUGUGUUAUCUGCACUCUGGGGUAUCGAUAUCAUCAUGAGAGACAACUUGAUACUGGGCUUCCCAUCACUUUCGCAAUCAUAUCCAUUGCCAAUGUCAUUUUUAAUGAAACUCUUCUUCAUUGUGCAAUUAGCAUACUGGCUCCAUUGUUAUCCUGAAUUAUAUUUCCAACGUAUUAAACGUGAAGAAAUUUUAUCUCGAGUUAUCCACGCUACUUUUGGUUUAUUCUUCACGUUUGCUGGUUAUAUUUUCAACUUCCAACACAUUACUCUUCUUUUACUCGUUCUUCAUUACGUUGGAGACGCACUUCAACACACAGCACGUUGGGUCCACAUAGUUUACCGUAAAGAAUCUAGAACACUUACCUUUACUCUUGCCAAUUACGUGUACGUGUUAACUAGAAUAGCUACAGUGGCUGCUGCCGGUCUCUUCUACGUUUAUGGAUUGAGCAAAAUUGAUUCAUCAUUAGAUUACACAACUGGUCAUUUUAAUAUUCCAGCAAUUCGAUUCACAGCUUUUGCUCUCGUAGCUUUGUUCCAAUUCUAUCUGAUAUUCGAAUUUUUGAAGCGCCAGAGGCAGAGAGAUUCCGAUACUAAGACACCUGCUGUACAGUCCAAGUCCAAACCAAAACCACAAAAACUGAAGAAAAAAGAAGGUAAAAAACCAGUUUCUGAAGAUGAUGAGCUACCAGAAGUAGACCAAGAAACGAAGAAAAACUUAAGAUCUCGAUCGACGACAAAAACUAAAUAA